ACAACAUUCGCUUCAGUUCACUUCCAGACUUGGCGAGUGAAACAGCAGAGAGCUGAAUAUUUCCCCCACAUUCCCGAUUUUGACACGUUCCUCGUCUUCUUCCGCUUCUUUAUUUAUCAAAAUAAAGGUCACGCAGAUUAAAUGAAUGUGCUCAUCUCGUAAUAAAACAUUUCCUCCAUCCGACGUCCGUAUUUCAGUUAAAAAAAUUCAACAGAAACCAAGCCGAAAGUAACCUUUUACAUAAUAAACUUCCCGAAGUCGGGUAGUUUCGGAUAUCUUUUGUAAACAGUGGAGCUGUUGGAGGAGUAAAGAAACAUCUGAAGUUCUCGAAAAGAGAAAAGUAAAGUGGGAAAGUAUUUAAAGUAAUAGUUAGCUAAAUGAGAAUAAAAGUGCUGGAAAUUAAAGUUUUUCUGAAAGUGUGACCAAGUUUUUGUGGUGCUACCUUCUCAGUUCAGUCAAAAUGGUGCGAAUGUUUUUAGUCACGGCGAACGUGGGAUCGGUCUUUGAAAAUUUGGAAAAAGGCCUGGAGAUUUGGAUGGAUGAAUUCACUUCGGUUAUCAGGUCGAGAGACCCGGAAUUCGUGGCGAUUCAUUUUCAAGAAACGGGUGGAAAAAAUUAUGAAAAUGGGAGCGACUGCAUUGACAUAUUUUUUGGACGUCUCGUGGAACGAAUGGGGCAGCUGAAUUUCCGUCGAGGGGAAGGUUUCGUUGAUUCACGGUCAGAUCUGGAACAUCAAUUUACUGCCUUGAGUAACGUGUACUUUGUCCAUGAGCGUGUACAUCCACAUGCCGUAGCCAUUUGGGAUUUUCAAGCUAAAUGCUUCCAAGAUGUUCAAUCUCAUCCCCCAAAAAUCUACACUGGAGGAGAAUUGGACCAUGUGUAUAAAAAAGAAAAGGAAAAAUUCCCACAGAAUUUCUAUCCCAAUUGUAAAUGGUCGCGGAAAGGGUUUCUCCGGACGAGGUGGCGCAUCUCGGGCAAAAUUGUGGAUUUCGUAAAUAUUCAUUUAUUUCAUGAUUCCGACAACGUCGUGGCAGCCAGUACGUUUCCUUCAGAAUUUGCAGAAAGUCGACAAAGGACGCUGAACUAUACGCUUAAUCGACUGCAAAAUAAUCCUCGCGAAAUAUUCCCACUCUUUAUCUUUGGAGAUUUCAACUUCCGUUUAAAUACUCAAGGCGUGUUGUCUCAUCUCGAGAGGGAGUUGGUCGGAGGAGAGAAUAGUAACGGUGUUUCUCAUGGGGUGACAAUUAGCACGAAAAAGUUUAAUCUUCCGGAACUCGAGAGGAGAUUUUUGCAUUCUUUUCACUGGCUAAAGCAAUUUGACUUUGAAGGGCAGCAUUUGCACGAAAUUUUGGACGAGUUAAAUUUCGACUUUCAUCCCACUUAUCCUUUUGAAGAGGAUGAGAACGAGCCAGAGAAAUUUAUGAGGACGCGAUGUCCCGCUUGGUGCGAUCGGAUUCUCUUUACACAUCCGACGAAGGAUAUUAUUUCUCAGGAAUCUCUGAUUGAGUACAAUGUACUGGGCAGCAAGACGUGCAUGGGAGAUCACAAGCCUGUCUACCUCACCUUUACUCUAUUAAAAUCAUCUCCACAAUCGCAACCUCAACCUCCUCCUUGUCCUUCUUGGGAAGAUUCUUCAUCAUCGUCAAUUAACAAACUUCCGUUUCUUGGUCAAAGUGCGACCUUGGUCAUCCUGCCAGAUCAGCAAGGUUUGUGUUUAUCGUCGUAUCGUAUGACACUAACCCCAAUGGAGAAAGGUACUGGGUGUCCAGUAACCACGGGGAGACGAAGUCGUGGUGGUGGUGGUUGUAUGAGCAAACGACAUCAUCAUCACCACCAUCACCCCCACCCCCCACAACGUAGAUGUCUCGCUAACCUCUUUGGCUUAAGAAAUCUCAGAUUCCCCGGAAAAAAGCAGUCCGUUUCUUCCGACUCGGUCUCAAUUAAUCCCCCAAGUAGUCAGAUCAGCAGUGAUGAGAACGAGUCCACAAUGUCGACCACGACAGAAAGUCCGGCAGGGUCGAGAUCUAACACGAUCAUUAAGAAGGCUGAUGAAAAAACCGAGUCUAAUAAUUUUUCGACAACAGAAAAGACUGGAGACGUUAAUUCGGAAAAGAGAAAGUUUCCAAUUUUCAGCUUCUUUUAUAAAAAUAAUGAAAGUAGCAAGUUGGAAAGUGAGAAUAAGAAAAUCGGUCCCAGUGAAAGCGAAGCAAAAAGUAAUAAAAAUAAUGGGAUUGAAGACAUAGUCGAACCAUUUUUGAAGAACGAAAAUGAUAAAAAUAUUCUCCAGUCUGCCAAUAAUCCCCCACUUCCUAAUCACAACAGAAUUAUCCUCCCCUCCUCAUUAGCGAAAAGGACAAUAUCCAAACCGUAGAAAUUCAAGAUUUAAGCUCUAGUAAAAAAUCCAUUGUGAGAUUUUCAUGUUUUCAAAAAUGGGGUAAAUCCAGCACAAGAAAAUCGAGUACACGAGGUGAAAAUAAGGUGUCAUAUCAUAAGAAAAAGAAAGACACCAGCCAAGACACGUUAUGCUGCAAAUGUGUGAUAUUUUAAGUAAUAAGUGCUAAAAAAUGCUACCACGUAUCACGCCUCCGAAUCUCGCUUGUUACAUAAAUCAUAAAAAUAAUAAUUAACGUUGUUAUUUUUAACACAACUUACGAGUACGAAUCGUCACCACCGCGUCACGACUUUUAAUCAUAUGCCAACCCUUUUUUUGCAUGGGAGUUGCUAAUUAAAAUCUAAUUUAUAUUUAUCAUCAUCAUCACUAUUUUACUACUAUUUUGUUUUGCAUGGUCUAAUUUUUACAUUACACACAUCAAUUCUAUUAUUCUUUUGCAAAUAAUACUAUCUAAUACAUAAUUAAAUAUUUCUCUUUUUUGGGUUGCCGAGUCCGUUGACCAUAAUUCUGUUGUAUUUAGUUGUAGUUGUGCAGUGCAGUCCACUCCAGCAGCAGCUACAUAUAAAAAUAUAUUUAGAUAUGCUAUUAUUAUCAAAUUUAUUAUUAUGUCAUCAAUUACUCUUUUUCAUUAUUGUUAUGUUGCCGAUUAAUGUACACACUUUAUAAUAGGACGACUAGUUAGUUAUUAUCCAAUCCACUUAUUUAUACGUGUAUUGACUAUUUUAAUCCUUUAUACAUAUGUUUGUCCAGUCCAGCAUCAGUAUUUUAUAGUCGUAUUUAGGUAGUACAUUAUCAUAAUCAUUAUCCCAUAAGGCUUGUCUGAUAAUUACGUUUAUUUAUAUUCAGUUUUUAUCUAUGUCUUAUUUUAUUUUAUUUUACAACACCAUAAUUAUUCUCUGAGUGAGUACUGACCACCUCGACUAUACUACACACACGUAUUUACUAUUAUAAUACAUGACUCGGAUUUAUUAUUUUUUUGAAGCUUUGAUUGGAUUGGAUUUUUGGAUUUGCCAUGAUUGGAUUAUGUGAUGACGAUGCAUGCUUUAUUGCUGUAGUAGGAAAGUGUAAAAAAAGAAUGAGCUAAUAAUAAAUUCCACUUUAUUUUAUGCUUA